AUGAGAAUUCUAGCAGUACUGUGGACGGUGUCUCUGGCGGGACUCUGCCGCUGUGGAGAGCUCGGUAAUCUCCGUAAAGAGACUGGAGAUGUCGUCUUUGACCUCUCUUCUCCGGAUCCUUCCUUGGCUAGAGACUAUGAAAGUACUGUGGAUGGAGUAACCUAUUACUCCUACUUUCCCAAGGGACAAUUCUUCAGCAAGGUAGUAGAUGGUGGAGUCACUCUCUGGGAAGCUGAAGGAGAAGAGAGAUGUGAUGUACUAUUCUCGAAUGUCGGUGAUAGAACAAGAGUCAUUCUCCAUGUAUGGGUUAAGGGUCUUCCAUCCAAGAUGUUGUACUAUGAGAAACUAGACGGGGAAUGGAAGCUGGUAACUAUAAGAGUUAAAGGCGUUCCAGAAUCAGAGGAACCAGUCUCUCCAAAGGAGCAUGCAGCUGAGCUUGACUUUGCUAGCCUCGGAUGCCCAUUGGGAGGAUUCUCAGGUUCAGAAGCUAAGCCAAAGGUCACUCUUCCUCCCACAGAAUCUAACAAUAAUGGUGAAGAUGCGAGUGAAAACAAGGUGGAAGGAGGUGCUCCAGACGAUGAGGAAGAGUCCGGUGAAUCGCAACCUAAGGAAGUGGAUAAAGAGGAGCCUGACCAGCAGUCGAAUGAGUAUGCAGCUGGACCAGUUGCGGAUCCUCAAGAAUCUGGAGAUAUCCCACCUGAAAGUCCUGCAAAUGACUCUUCAUGUCAACCACAAACUGAAGAUACUGAACAGACUGCCGUUUCUUCAAGUGACCCCGUAGAUCAGCAACCUAUAGAGGUGAGUGAGCUUCAGGAGUCUGAGCCUUUACAGUCUACUGAAUCUUCUCAAGAAGUAGCAUAUCCAUCAACUCAACAGGUGGAAGGAUUCGAGGUACCAGAAGAUUCCAAAGAUGACAACCCAGAGGUUACUCCUCAAGAUCAUUCUGAAGAGGCUCCUGUUGAUCCUGGUGCUUGUGAUAAAGCUGAAGAAACUACUCCUGCCGAAAAUUCUGCUACUCUUACUGUUGCUCCUAUUCUUACUGAACCUGAAAAGCCAGCAAGUUCAUUGGCUUCCAAGGUAGACUUUACUCUCUUUAAUGUCCUGUGCUCUGUUGAGGACCAUGUCAAGGUUCUCAAACUAACGGCCAAGGAGAACCAGAAUCCUAAAAAGCUCAAAUUCGACAGAGAAUUGGUCUGGGAAGAUAAGAAAAAGUCAUGCCUCUCAGCUGUCUUGUAUCUGGAUGGAGAGAAGCCUACUCUGGCUGUCAUAAAGGCAGUCAAAGGAGGUAAAGAAUCCACGGUUUACAGAUACCAUAAUGGUAAAAAAUGGAAGAAGGGUAGAGAAGGUACCCAUAAAACUAGACUCAAGGAACUGCAAGAUGCCGCUAGACCAAAACAACCUCCAAAAGUAUCAAAACCUCUCGAUCCACCGGGUCCACUAGUCCUUGACCUUUCGGUGGAGUCUGCUAAUGAUGAUAAGGUUACCCUCUACAAGAAUGAUAAUGGUGAACUAAAGUACAGAGCAUUUACACCAGACAAUGGAAACUACUUUGAAAAGAUUUUACAUUAUGGAGUUGUAAUUUGGGAAGCUGAAUCUGGUCAACGUGGAACCUUUGCAUCUUUUCAUUCUAAGGAAGAUGCUAUGCUUAUUCGUAUGUAUGUUCAAACAGGUGGACACGUUGAAAGGAAGUACUUUGAAAAGAAUGCUAGUGGUGGAUGGACUUCAAUGACUGAGGAAGUCUAUGAUCAGAAGCUCCAGGAUCUCAAGAGUGGAGCGACUAAUCAGUCUUCCUUACAAGGCUCUGCUACUCUUCGGACUGAUAAUCCUACUGUAGUACCUUCCAGUGAUGAGUUUUCAGAAGCUCAAAUGGUUAAACAAGGUGGUACUACUCCCAUUACUCUAGAUCUUGCCAAUCCCGAUAAGUCAAAGUUCGUCAUACGGGAUGGGAAAUUAGGAACACUUUAUCUCCACAAAUCUGGUAAAGAAAUAAAUGAGCUUGUUUACGGUAGAAGGAGAAUAUGGAAAGCUAAAGAUGGACAAGGGUGUAAAUGGGUUGAAGUAGCUAUUGAUAGUAAGGGAAAUGGAUUAGCAUAUCCUUAUCUAAAAAGCCAGAAAUAUGUAACACGUACCUUUCAAGCAGUUGUAAAGAAGACUGAAGAUAAUUCCACAUCGAAUCCGUCAGGUGAUAGUCCAGCUCCUAAAGAAUCUGCUAAUCCCUCUACUACUCCCUCUCAAUAG